AUGUGCGGUAACAACUUCUACGAAUUCCAAAAGGCCAACACCUCCUACUCCGUCAUUCUUCCGGAUUCUUAUGCCCCACUGACACUACCAACGAUUUCACAUGGCUAUCCAGCUUUUAUCGAAAGCGAAUCAGCUGAACCAGCUUCAUCCAACACAGCACCUAUCACAAUCCCGAACAUGGUGCCCCGAGCAUUCCCAGAGAGUGGAUCAUCAUUCGGAUCUCUCACUUCCUAUGGAAAAGCCGGUCUCGCUUGCUAA